AUGCCUCACUCAUAUGGAAAGAUAAGUGAAAAAAAAUUCAGGAUAGAAGGCCCAUUUAGAAACAGAGUGUCUUUGACCAGGGGUGUUUUCAUUACCAUACAUCUUGAGAAUAUAAGUUCAGCAAUAGCGACUCGAAGCACAGCAAGUCUUAUGCUUUCAGUGGCUACUUCUGAUACCCCAGUGAAAAAACUGGAGAAGCAUGACUCAGGCCAAGCUUUUGAGUUGAUUGUCAGCCCUCAACCAAAAGAAUUCAUCCCAGAAUUCCCCCUUUCCCCUCCAAAGAAGAAGGAUCUUUCCCUAGAGGAAAUUUGGAAGAAAUCAGAAGCUGCAGAAGAAAAACACAAGUCCCAUAAAGCAGAGGUCUUGAAGCAGCUUGCUGAGAAAGGACAGCAUGAGAAAGAAGUGCUUCAAAAAGCAACAGAAGGAAAGAACAACUUCAGUAAAAUGGCAGAAGAAAAACUGACUCACAAAAUGGAAGCCAACAAAGAGAAUCGGGAGGCAUAAAUGGCUGCCAAACUGGAACGCUUGUGAGAGAAGGACAAGUAUGUUGAAGAAGUGUGGGCAAACAAAGAAUCCAAAGAUCCUAUUGAUAAAACUGACACUGACUAA